AUGCCGGGCGGCGAAGAACAUGAAGAGGAGCGGAGCGAAGAAGGAUCGUUCGUGCUCGAUCUAGGAGAUGGCAUUGAUUCGUUGACGUUUGAGCAGAUUCUCGAGAUGGAUGAUGAUGAUGAGAGGGACUUUAGUAAGAGUAUCGUGUUUGGGUUUUUUGAGCAGGCGGAGCAGACGUUUAAGAAGAUGGAUGAUGCGCUAAAAGCAAAAGAUCUCAAAGACCUCUCCUCCCUCGGCCACUUCCUCAAAGGCUCCUCCGCAACCCUCGGUCUCACAAAAGUAAAAGACUCAUGCGAGAAGAUCCAGCAUUACGGGCAGGGAAAAGACGAGGAGGGGACCACGGACGUGGAAGAUGAUGAGUUGUGUCUGAAGCGCAUCAAGGAGACGUUGGAGACGGUGAAGGAGGAGUAUGAGGAGGUCGAGAAGGUGUUGAAGAAGUUUUUUGCGCCGCCGCAGGGGAGUGGGUAG